AAGCAGUUCAGUUCUGCAGCCCCGGGGACGAGUGUGUCAUUACAGCCCUGCUUCUCCAAGAGAAGCCACCUCAACGCAGUCGGGGGUGCUCGCAGCUCUUGGAGCCACAGUCAGGCAUCUGGAACCCCAAGGACCAGGCACCAGGGACCCUGAGAGCCAGGCAUCUGGGAUUCCCAUCUCCCGCAUCUCCCCAAGUCCUACUCCACCUGCGGCACCACCAGCUACGGCUCCUGUCACCCGAUCGGCCCCCUGCUGGGCUUUAGCAGUGGAGUCCGGUCUCCAUCCCCAUCUGUGGCAGCAGAGACGCUGGAGAAAGGAGGUACAUGGGGGCCAGGCAGUCCGGGGCCCGCCGCAAGGACAAGAGCCCCCUGGGGCGGGGGCUACUGCGGGGGAGGCAGAAGUUCUCCUCCUGGGACGAUGCUCUGCUUCCCGGCAGGGACCCGCGCUGCCUGCUGAAGCGGGGGCUGCGCCAUGUCAGUUUCAGCCUGGUCACCAAGGGCAUGACGGACGCGCCCGACUUCCUGUGGGGCCUGUCGGAGAUGCAGAAGCUCAACCUGUCCCACAACCAGCUCCGGGCCGUUCCGCCCGAGCUGGGGAAGCUCACGCGGCUGGUGGUCCUGAACUUGUGCGGGAACCGCCUGAAGACACUGCCCCGGGAGGUCAGCCUCCUGCAGAGCCUCAAAGUCCUGUUCGUGCACAUGAACGGCCUAACGGAGCUGCCGGCCGAGCUGGGCGCCUGCCGGAGCCUGGAGGUCCUGAGCGCGUCGCACAACUGCCUGUCCCAGCUGCCCGCCAGCCUCGCCGACCUGUCGCGGCUGCGCAAGCUGAACCUCAGCCACAACCGCUUCGCCCACAUCCCCGUCUGCGUGUUCUCACUCAAGGAGCUGGACUUCCUGCACGUGGGCUCCAACCGCCUGGAGAACAUUGCCGAGAGCAUCCAGUGCCUGGCCGGCUUGCAGAUCUUCAUCGCUGAGGGCAACCACAUCCACACCUUCCCACGCUCGCUCUGCCUGCUCACAAGCCUGGAGCUGCUGAAUCUGAACAACAAUGACAUCCAGACGCUCCCUGCGGAGCUCUACAUGCUCUGCAGGCUGACCAGGAUCGCCUGGAACCCCAUGGACAAAGGGCUGCACAUUUCCCGAAACCCUUUAUCCAAACCUCUGCCCGAGCUGCUGGAGGGGGGCCUGGAGAUGCUCGUCAGUUACCUGAAGGACAGAAAACACACCUGACUCAGACGGGAACUUCCCUAGUCUAAACCCUCUCCUCUUCCUGUUGCUGCGGGUGGAGGCUUGUGUUACUAUGUGCUGGGUUGUACGGAACGCCCCUUCUUAGCAGGUGUUUGCUUUUUAGCUCUGUAUACUCCUAUAAAUGGGCUUCUACUUCUCAGCAGUAGAGAAUCCACCUGCAAUGCAGGAGAUGUGGGUUCGAUCCCUGGGUAAUGGGAAGAUCCCCUGGAGGAGGGCAUGGUAACCCACUCCAGUAUUCUUGCCUAAAGAAUCCCAUGGACAGAGGAGCCUGGUGGGCUACAGUCCACGGGGUGGGGAAGUGUCUGACGCAACUGAAGAGACUUAGCCCGCCGGCCUCUCCCCAAAACCCGCAUAAUAUCAUCUCCUUCUGAAUAUCAGUGGAUAGAGGACUUGGGUUUUCUUUCCCCAAAGAAAAAUAAUUCUGCUUCUUCUGGGGAGAAGUGGGAUUCAGCCUUUGAAAGAGAGGACAGCAGAUUUGCCUUCUCGGAGGUGAGCUAACAGCCAGGGGAAAAGCUCAAAAGGCAGGAAAGAGGAGGUAAGGCAUAGACAGCCCACCCCCAAAAGUCAUUACCCUUUCAUAUUCAGAGGAGGAUGAUGUUUGCUACUUGGCUUUCACCUGUGGUCCUUUAAAAAUUAGCUGAGGCGCUUCCCUGGUGGUCCAGUGAUUAAGACUCCACUCUUCCAAUGCAGGCGGUGUGGGUUCAAUCCUUGAUGGGGGAACAAGGGUCCCACAUGCCAAGGGGCAU